UUUUUGCAGAAGACGAUGGUGGUAUGCUUCUAGUGCGCCUCUACUUGGCCUUUCUUGGAUCGUCACCCUAAAAGACGUGUUAGGUAUCAAGCCUGUUAGACUGGACAAGGAUCCACUGAAAGAAAAAGUUAAACAGUCAUGGCUACACCGAAAGUAUGGUCGAUAUACGGAAGCAGUUCAGAUCUUAGAGAUAGCUCUAGAGGAAGCCUUAGAAAGAAAAGAGGAAUUACCAAUCACGAGAAUUUAUGAUGAGCUAGCUAACACCUACUAUGAGAUGGGUAAUCACGAUGAAGCUAUCAAACAUUUCCAAAUAGUCGUCAAUCGCUUAAUAAGACUGCAUGGAAAACGCGACAAUGACCCCGAAUUUAUCGGCAUAUCUCUGAAAUUGGCUGAUAUUUUUGCUCAGAAAGGCCAGCUUGACGAUGCAGAAACAGGAUUUUCACACUGCGUCCGUAAGCAGAUGCAGGUCGUUGACGAGCACAUGAAGAGCUACAGUGUCGCCCAUGGUGCACUUGUAGAGGAUGCACACAAAGUCGACACCAUGGGAGAGGUUUAUACGGAUCCUCUUGCUCUGUUUGGGAUGUCUUUAGAAAGAUAUGCCCAUUUCCUUGUCACCUAUCGCGAUGAAACGCGGUUACGGGAAGCAGAGGAGUAUAUGGAUGAAGUAAUGAAGAUCUGUUAUCAGAUUUAUGGAGCGACUUCGUAUCAUACAAUCAAUCUGCUCAACAACUUUGGUGCCGCACUGAUCCUCAGAAAUAGGUUUGAAUUGGCUGUGAAGUAUCUUUCGAUCGGUAUCGAACGGAUAUUGUUUGUGAACGAAUGUGCUAGCAUGAUUCCUGGUUACUACUGCAAUUAUGCCGAAGCCCUUUUCCAUGUUGGAAGGAAGAAAGAAGCGCUCGAGUGGGCGAGAAAAGCCGUGAUGGUGAGCAAGUCUGAAGAACCUCGCGUCCAAGAAUAUGCUAAGAAGUAUUUACGUGAUCUUGAGAAAGACGCUAAAGAAAAGCAAACACGGUCGUGGUGGUUCUUUUAA